ACUACACUUCUCAGGAUGGAAAGGGAAAACAUUAAAGGGCGUAAGGAUACAACGGAGCUACACGUCGCGAGCAGGUGCACAACGCAGGGAAUUCGCAAAUACGAUUUGAAUGAUGGCAUAGCAUAUGGUGUUUAGCCAUUUCCAACGACAAAAGACACGUCCGCCACAAACUAUGACCGCGUGCUUUCACUAGAACAAUGUCACGAGCAAGUACUAUCUGCUGACCUCCUUUUUCCAGAGUGACUGCGGUAUUUGCAUAUAGAAGCCAUUCUACCAACAAAAUGUCAGGUACCUACACACCAGCCCCUGGUGGGCCAUUCUCUGCUCUCACCCCAAGCAUGUGGCCCCAGGACAUUUUGGCCAAGUACCAUCAAAAAGACCCCUCAGAACAGCCUGAACUCCAAUAUGAUGAGUUUGGCUUCAGAGUGGAAACUGAAGAUGGUAGGAAGCCCAGGUCCUGGCUGGGCACUGAAGGCUCACCCCAACGGGAAGACCCCCAGCAGCGAUUGCGCUGGCAAGCCCACUUGGAGUUCACCCACAACCACACAGUGGGUGACCUGACCUGGGAGCUCAUUGAUCCCGUUCUUCCACGCUCUGAGCGUCUGCGUUCCCUGGUGCUAGGUGGCAUACCUCACAGCAUGAGGCCACAGCUAUGGAUGCGUCUGUCUGGAGCACUGCAGAAGAAGAGGACCUCUGAGAUCUCUUACAGAGAAAUCAUUAAGAACAGUUCCAAUGAUGACACCUCCACAGCUAAACAGAUAGAGAAGGACCUGUUACGGACUAUGCCAACCAAUGCGUGUUUCAGUAGUCUGACCAGUGUUGGAGUGCCGAGGCUGAGACGGGUCCUGAGGAGCCUGGCCUGGCUCUACCCAGACAUUGGGUACUGUCAGGGCACUGGCAUGGUGGCUUCCUGUCUGCUGCUCUUUCUUGAGGAGGAGGAUGCACUAUGGAUGAUGUGUGCCCUGAUUGAAGACCUCCUUCCUCCGUCUUACUUUUCCUCCACUUUGCUGGGCGUCCAAACGGACCAGAGGGUUCUCCGCCAGCUCAUUGUUCAGUACCUGCCAGCCCUCGACCGCCUUCUGCAGGAGCAUGACAUAGAGUUGUCGCUUAUCACACUGCAUUGGUUCCUGACAUCAUUUGCAAGUGUGGUGGACAUCCGUCUGCUCCUUAGGAUCUGGGACCUGCUCUUCUACCAGGGCUCAUUGGUGCUCUUUCAGGUCACCCUGGGCAUGCUCAAGAUCAAGGAGCAGGAGCUCAUAUCAUCUGAGAACUCUGCAUCCAUUUUUAAUACUCUGUCGGACUUGCCAAGCCAGCUGAGAGAUGGGCCUGCAGUUCUCGGGGAGGCUAUGAGGCUAGCAGGGACACUAUCCCAGGAAACGCUGGAAGCCUACCGACAUAAGCACCUAGCCUACAUUCUAAAUGAACAGGCACAGCUCAACAAUGGAAACAACACCAAUCUCAACACCAAUCUCAACAAGGUGGUGAGGAGACAGUCGCUGCGCAGGAAGUCCACCCUGAGCUCCCUGCUGUUUGGGGAAGAUGAGGCAGAUGCCCUGAAAUCCAAGAACAUUAAGCAGACAGAGCUGGUGGCAGCCCUGCGAGAGGCCAUAACCCGCACAGCAGAGCACUUCCACUGUCUUGACCCACGUCUCUCUAGCACUGACCUGACUCCUGACUACUCCAUGGAGAGCCACCAGCGGGAUCAUGAAAACUUUCUUGUGGUGUCUCGCACCAGACGGAGACGGGCAAAGGCUUUGCUGGACUUUGAGCGACAUGAUGACGAUGAACUGGGCUUCAGGAAGAAUGACAUCAUCACUAUCAUCUCACAGAAGGAUGAACACUGUUGGGUUGGAGAGCUCAAUGGCCUUAGAGGUUGGUUUCCGGCAAAGUUUGUGGAGAUCCUAGAUGAAAGAAGCAAAGAGUAUUCAUUAGCAGGUGAUGACUCUGUGACAGAGGCAGUGACAGACUUGGCCAGGGGUACACUGUGUCCGGCCCUAAAGGCCAUCUUUCAGCACGGUCUCAAGAAAACAUCUAUACUGGGAGGGCCUUGUCACCCUUGGUUAUUCAUAGAAGAGGCGGCCAGUAGAGAGGUAGAGAGAGACUUCAACUCGGUCUACUCCAGACUGGUGCUGUGUAAAACCUACAGGUUAGAUGAAGAUGGGAAAGUGUUAACACCAGAGGAGCUGCUGUACAGAGCGGUGCAGUCAGUAAACAUGAGCCACGACUCGGCACAUGCUCAAAUGGAUGUCAAGUUUAGGUCUCUUGUCUGUGUCGGCCUCAAUGAGCAGGUGCUGCACCUAUGGUUGGAGGUGUUGUGCUCCAGCAUGGCUGCUGUAGAAAAAUGGUAUCAUCCAUGGUCAUUCCUUCGCAGUCCCGGAUGGGUACAGAUCAAGUGUGAGCUCAGGGUCCUAUCAAAAUUUGCCUUCAGCCUCUCCCAAGAUUGUGAGCUACCUGACAAGAAAGAGGAGAAGGAGCAGAGACCACUGAAAGAGGGAGUGCAGGAUAUGUUGGUGAAACACCACCUCUUCAGCUGGGACAUUGAUGGCUAAACUCUGAGCGAAAAACGGCUGAAUCCUACCCUGUCCCAUGUGUCUGUGUAUAUUUGAUGUCUCGUUACCUGUUUCUUACAGACUGUCAACCACAAAUUAGACACAGCUGUCUGCUAUAGUAAGUGACUACUUUAAAGACCCUAUCUGUCACAUCACCUUUCAGAAUUGGACAAUGGUGACACCCUAAUAAUUACUCAGACUCUCAUGUCAUCAUAAAGGUCGAUCAGUUUGUAUGUGCUAAAGCAUGUGUGCAUUAAGGUGCAUACUUUAUUGUAAUCCAGACCCAGUGUAGGAGGUUGCACUACAUGGUGAAAACUAUAUAUACAAGUAAAAGACUCCUGUAGUACAGAAUAGUCUUUACCUAUGGGACUGGAGCACUCAGUGUCCUAACAGUAAGUAUUUCUUCAGUACUCACUGCUCUGGCCAUUCAGCAUUUCAUAGCUAACUGAGUGCUUUGUUUGUGCAGGAGUGAGACGUAGAGUCCAUUCUCUUGCAUUGGUUGUGUGUCUGUAUACAGCAGCAGGUCAUCGCCACAAUAAACACUGGGCCUUUUAAUAUGGUCCUAAAUUCCACAUAACCCUGUAAAAUCCCAAAUAUUAAGACCAAAACAGAACAUUCCUAAACAUGGAGCUGUAAAGUUACACUAUUUUUGAGAGGAAUGCUACUUACCUCAAUAUCAUGAAUUCCACAGAAUAUUUCAUUAAAUACUAAUGUUGCACAUGCCAAAUAAAGCCUUUUCAAAUUGUAAUACAAGACUAUGGGUAUGUGUGCUACCUUAACAGUGGUCUGUCUGCACUUGUAUGACAUAAUGUAAAUGAAGCAGAUAAAUACUUUUUGUGUUACAAUCUACAUUAAAUGAAUGUUACAUAUAA